AUGCUGAAGGCAGCUGGGCGGCCACUGCACAGCCCGAACCCCCAGUUAACAAUUGAAAAUGACAACGCGGAAUCCAAUGCUGUCAGUCAUCGAGCACCAACAUGCCUUGCGGCCGCAACUCGCUGGCCACCGCAGCCGACGACCAAAUUUAGACAGAUUGUUUUAGCAGUGCAGUACUGUCACCAGAAGUUCAUCGUUCAUAGAGAUCUUAAGGCUGAAAACCUGCUCCUGGAUGCUGACAUGAACAUCAAGAUCGCAGAUUUUGGCUUCAGUAACGAGUUCACCCUGGGCAACAAGCUGAACACGUUUUGCGGCAGCCCCCCGUACGCAGCUCCAGAACUCUUCCAGGGAAAAAAGUACGACGGGCCAGAAGUGGACGUGUGGAGUUUGGGGGUCAUCCUGUACACACUGGUCAGCGGCUCGCUUCCUUUCGACGGACAGAACCGGAAGGAGCUGCGUGAACGCGUUUUAAGAGGGAAGUACCGAAUACCGUUCUACAUGUCCACGGAUUGUGAGAACUUGCUGAAGAAAUUUCUUAUCCUCAACCCCACCAAGAGAGGAAGCCUUGAGCAGAUCAUGAAGGACCGGUGGAUAAACGUGGGCUAUGAGGACGAUGAGUUGUUGCCUUACAUCGAGCCUCAGCCCGACUACAAGGACCCCAAGAGGACAGGUCAGCACCCCGGCAGUGCAGGAGGUUGGAAGAGAGAUAUCAUGCUACAAAUGGGAUACAGUCAAGAGGAGAUACAUGACUCCCUUAUCAACCAGAAGUAUGAUGAAAUCAUGGCAACUUACUUAUUACUGGACUACAGGAAUUCAGAGCUGGACGAUUUCUCAAUAAAGCCCCGCCCAAGCAUCGACCUCACAAACAAUGCCCAAUCACCUUCUCACAAGGUACAACGCGGUACCUCGAACCAGAAGCCGCGCCGAUCGACAGACCAAAGUUUGUCUGUGCCGGUUAAGCGCACUCAGGGUGACAGUAAGCACAUCGCUGAAGACUACGGGAGAAAAAGCUCAGUGGUUCACAUUCUCAGCCUUUACACUCACGUGUACAUCACAGUAAUGUGUCUGGUCUGGUGGUGGAUGUAG